UGCAACACAUGAAAAUGAAGGAGCCUCACUCUCCAGAGCCUGGGAAAGGAUUUUUAAAAACAAAAAAUAAAUUUCGUUCACGGAUAUUAGCUAAGAAGCUGAUACAUGUUCCGACCAGUCGUCUGGUGGCGUCCAGUCACAUUCUCCGUAACACCGUCCCCACCCAGGACUGUGAUGUACUUGUCACCUUCCCAGCCGACACUGACACCACCACCCUCGUGUGGCUCCUGGACCGACUCAGAGCCAGGUCCCCCCACCUCAUCAUCCAUGUCCAUCACCAUAGCAACACCAAAGGCUCCAUGUUCCAUCUGACUGCAACUUAUGAGGG